AUGCAGAGCAGUCCCUGCUCCCGCCGCAGGCGGCUUAGUGCGCGGACUAUGGGCUCUCCCCCAGCGCUGCUGGCCGCGCUGCUGCUCCUGCAUGGCCUCCUGAGCCCGGACCCGGCAGCUGCUGCCUCCCGCACUGCCAAAGUCCGCGUGGGCGCCUUCAACAUCCGCAGUUUCGGGGACAGCAAAGUGGCCGAUCCUGCCUGUGGCAGCUACAUAGCCCAGAUCCUGGCCGAGUAUGACGUGACCCUGGUUCAAGAGGUCAGAGAUCCGGACCUGAGCGCCGUGUCUGCGCUCCUGGAGGAGAUCAACAGAAUAUCCGAGUACACCUACAGCUACUUGGCCAGCGAGCCCCUGGGACGCGACAACUACAAAGAGAUGUAUCUGUUUGUCUACAGGACCGAGACGAUUUCUGUGUUGGAUAGCUACUGUUACCCAGACCCUGAAGAUGUUUUCAGCAGAGAACCUUUCAUUGUAAAGUUUUCAUCUCCCAACACAGCCAUGAAGGAAUUUGUCCUAGUGCCCCUGCAUUCGGCCCCACACAAUGCUGUGGCAGAGAUUGAUGCCCUCUAUGAUGUCUACUUGCAUGUGAUUGAUAAGUGGGGGACCGACGACAUCCUUUUCCUAGGUGACUUCAAUGCAGACUGUAAAUAUGUCAGGCCACAUGACUGGGCCAAAAUCAGGCUUCGAACUAGCGAGAUUUUUAAAUGGCUCAUACCAGAUGGCACCGACACCACUGUGGGGAAUUCUGACUGUGCUUAUGACAGGAUUGUGGUCUGUGGCUCUCACCUGAGAAAAUGCAUCGCACCCAACUCAGCUAAGGUGAACAACUUUCAGAAGUCCUUCAACCUGGACCAGACUGCAGCUUUAGCCAUUAGUGACCAUUUCCCUGUAGAAGUGACACUGAAAACUCAUUGA